AUUGCACUAGCAGCCAGCAGCUUAGUUUUCACUCGAAAAUCGAAAGAAAACAUUAGCCAACAUGGCUGCAAUUAAAUUUGUUAUAUUCUGCGGCCUCGUUGCCGGUUUAGCCGCGCAACAGGGUCCGCCACAGCCAUCGCCGCCCAUGACCAACAAUGUCCCGGUGACCCAGGACGGCGCCGACGCCGACCAGACUGAUUCUGUCCCAUCGACGCCGACCAUUCCCCAACUGUUGCAAACUCUGCCUGCUCCCGUGGCCCUGCAGUUGCAGCGACAAAUUUCCAGUGCCGGUACACCCGUCCUCAAUGUGUACAUGCAGAAGCCGUCGGACAAUGAUGUGCCCAUGUACGGUAGCGGUAAGCCAGCGGAACACGGCUGGGGUAUGUCCGGAAUGCAUCACGGAAUGAUGGGCGGCGGGAUGGACCAUGGAAUGGGCGGAUAUGGAAAAAUGAUGAUGUAUCCCUGGAUGCGCCAUAUGAUGAUGAUGAACAUGAUGAAGCAGCAUGGCGGCAUGAUGGGAUCGCGUCGCGGUGAAGAUGAUGACGACGAUGACGAUCGCAAACCCUUCCGACCACACCGUCGGGACGACGAUGAUGAUGAUGAGGAAGACCGACCCCGUUUCCCUUUCGGACCGGGUCACGGACGCGAGGAUGAUGAUGAAGAGCGCCGCCCGCACUUCCCAUUCGGACCUCAUGGACGCAAUCGUCCAUCAUUCCCUUUUGGCCCAGGACGCCGCGAUGACGAUGAUGACCGGAGACCACCGUUCCCGUUCGGACCCCAUCGACCGCGGGGAGGCGAUGACCAUGACCGUCGACGACCUCGCCCCUUUGGACCACAUGGUCAUGACGAAGAUGACGAUGACGAAGAUCGCCGACGACCGCAUUUCCCCUUCGGACCUCACGGUCGCGAUGAGGAAGACGAUGGUGGCCGGAAGCCACCGUUCCCGUUCGGACCCCAUGAGCGCCAUGGUGAUGAUGGUGAUAGAAGACGUCCGCAUUUCCCAUUUGGUCCUCGCGGCCGUGAUGAAGAUGAUGACGAUGAUGAUCAGCGUAAGCCACCUGGACCGCGCCGUCGAGGCGGAGACGAUGACGAUGAGCAGGAUGACGAACCGUUCGGACCCAAGAAUGAUGAUGACGACGAUGAUGAUGAGGAAGAGAAUUUCGGACGCCGUGGCCGAGAGGGUGGUGAUGACGAACUGGAGCACGGCCGUGGUGGACGUGGAGAACGAGGACGCCGCGGUGGGCGUGGACAUCACGGCGGUGGACGUGGUGGUAAGGAACGAAAGUGCAAAAGAAUCAUCCGUUUUCUGAUACACCUGCUACGUCGCCGUGGAGGACGCGGAGGACCAGGUGGUCGUGGUGGUCAUCACGGUCGUGGCGAGUUCGGGCCAAAUUCAAUGGAGUCCGGAAUGAUGCCAUUCCGUGGUAUGGAGAGCCACCAAUUCGGUGAGGGAUUCCGUGCGUCUCCUAGAAUGAUGUACGCCUUCAACAAAAUGAACCGUGAUCGAUUCAACUAUAAUAAUUAUUAGAUAUUGGUGUAAUCGAUCUGGAGACACAAAAGGAAUGUUAAAUAACCAUCGUCAAGGCAGCAGUACUUCGGUUACUGUAACAGCUUUUAUAAAUCAGCAUAAUAAAUACGCUUGUAGUUGUGAGCCUUGUGGCUGUAUGCGUGACCAGAUUGAUGGGUGGAACAGCACCAUUAAAUUAAAGCUGCGUAUGG